AUGCCUGUGUUAUAUGAUAGACUUGAUGCGGUGGUGUUCGCCUUUCGUAAUUCCGACUACUGGGAUAUACUUUGGCGUGCCGCUACCGUCCUGGUGGUUUACAACAUUGGGCUUAUUGUCCACCGUCUUUUCCUUUCGCCACUUGCCAAGUUCCCAGGACCAAAACUCUUGGCAGCGACACCAUGGUACGAAACAUUGGUAGAUAUUUGGAACCAUGACUUUCCUGAGAGACUGAGAAAGAUCCACGAACAAUAUGGGCCCAUCGUACGAGUAUCGCCAUGGGAGUUACAUAUAAACGACGCCGGCUUCAUUGAUACUGUCUUUGCCACUGCUGCAAAACAUCGGACCGACAUAAUUGCACCUCAAGGUUUGGGAAUGGAUGUAGAUUCUGUAGGAUCUACAGCUCAGCACGAUGUGCACCAGAUGAGGCGGAAACCGCUCGACAAAUUCUUGUCGCGCCAAAAUGUUGUGCGCAUCCAAUCAAUGAUUCACGAUGAAAUCAGGGUCCUGGACCGCAAGGUGGCUGUGGCGAAAGGUUCGGGUUCAGCACUCCGACUAGACCACGCGUUCAUGGCUUUCACUGGAGAUAUCGUGGGACAGCUCGCCUGUGGCGAAAGCCCUCGACUGUUAGACGGACCUGGCUUUACACCAGAAUGGUACAACAUGAUACGCGGUGCGGCUCGGAUGAUUCCGCUGUUACGGCAUUUCCCCGUAGUAGGAAGGUUAUCUCAAUACGCACCUGUUGGCAUCAUUAGAGCAAUCAUUCCAAAAUCUACAGGGUUUCGCAUCCUGAAACUUCUGGGGGACGAAAGGAUUUCUCGUAUCCAUGUUGAGGUUCAACGCGAGAAACAGACCCAUACUGAGGAGGGCUCUUCUAUGUUCCAUCACCUUCUCCGGAGUGACAUUCCCGAAACAGAGAAGCAUCCAAUCCGAUUAUCUGCUGAGGCAACAUCCUUUCUAGGCGCUGGCACCUUUCCGACUGCUACUACCCUUACGCUUAUCACGUACUAUAUUCUGGCACAGCCGUGCAUAGAGACCCGACUCCGCAAGGAACUUGCAGCCGUCACUUCCGAAUUCGACUAUCAAGUACCCAGCUGGACCGAGAUAGAGCAGGUUGAGUACGUUGGAGCAUGCAUUAAAGAAGGCCUUCGAAUCAUGCGGUUAUUCCGCCGGAAGUCCCGCAUCUCGAUUGAUCGAGAACUUCAAUUUAAUGAGUGGACCAUCCCUAAGAAUGCAAGACACUGGGCCCUGCAUUCCAAGACCCACGCUAACAGUAUGUCGCCUUACUCAAUGCAUAUGGAUCCAAGUGUGUUCCCCGAACCGUCCAAGUUCAAGCCAGAGAGGUGGCUAAGCGAAAAUCUGCAUCCCGCCAUGGACCGCAACCUGAAUCCUUUCCUUAAAGGCUCGAGGAACUGUAUUGGCAUGCACGUGGCGUGGGCACAGAUGUAUCUCAUCCUUGCCACAUUGUUUCGGCCUAAUAAGUCAUAUCGUCUGAGCCUAGGUGAUAGCGACGAAUCCGAUAUCGUGCCGAUUAUAGACGAGGAGUUUGGAGCCGCAAAGCAUGGUGCAAGAGGGCUCAGAACAAUGGUAAUCUAG